AUGGGUAUCAGCGACACGAUCUCUGAUACUCAGCUCUGGGCUGAGGUGGAAUCCGCUUGGCGAAGGGUCCAGAGGGUGGUUGUAGAGACUUCUGAAACAGAGUUAAUUUCUGGUGGCUCUGAUAAACAACUUAUUCUUUGGGAAUGGAAAGAUACAGUAACAUGGAAUAAUCAGCUUGUGAAAAGCAUUCCUCUCAAAGGCCACACAGAAGCUGUUUUUGCUGUGGAUGCUGUCUACCAGUCAGAUGAACCUGAUUUAAAUCUGCUAGUAGCUUCUGCAGCCUCUGACUCUACUGUGAGAAUCUGGUCUCGGCAUGGUUCAGAAGCUAAAUGCAUUGAAAUUCUGCAGUUUGGAAAUGGAUUUGUUAUGGAUGUCUGCUUAUCCUUCUUGCCUGGCAGCGAUGUACCAAUACUGGCUUGUGGUGGUGAUGACUGCAAAAUAAGUUUGUUUAUACAGCAGAAUGGUCAGUUUCAGAAAACAUUAGUACUCCCCGGCCAUGAAGAUUGGAUAAGAGGCGUUGAGUGGGCAGUCUGUGGUGAAGACCUUUUCUUAGCAAGCUGUGCUCAGGACUGUUUGAUAAGAAUUUGGAAAGUAUGUACAAAAUUAAAGCAACUUCCAGAAACUGAAGAUGAUUCCAUAAAACUGAAAGAGAAUAUUUUUACUGUUAAAGAUGCUGACACAUCAUAUGCAGUUUCUUUGGAGUCUGUGUUGGCUGGUCAUGAAAACUGGGUGUAUGCAGUUCACUGGCAACCUUCAUUAUCCAAAGAUGGCAGCAUGCAACAACCAAUGAGGAUAUUAUCUGCAUCAAUGGACAAAACUGUAAUCAUCUGGGAACCUGAUAAAGAAUCUGGAGUCUGGCUAGAACAGGUACGUGUAGGUGAAGUGGGUGGCAAUACUCUUGGAUUUUUUGACUGCCAGUUUAGUCCAGAUGGUUCAAUGAUCAUUGCUCAUGCUUUUCAUGGAGCACUACACCUUUGGAAACAGGCUACAGUUAAUAAGAAAGAAUGGACUCCAGAAGUUGUGAUUUCAGGACAUUUUAACAGUGUAGAGGAUGUAAAGUGGGAUCCAGAAGGAGAGUUUAUCAUCAGUGUGGGCUCUGAUCAAACUACGAGGCUCUUUGCUCCAUGGAAAAGGAAGGAAGAGACAGAGGUAACCUGGCAUGAAAUUGCCAGGCCUCAAGUACAUGGGUAUGACCUGCGCUGUCUGGCAAUGAUCGGCCGGUUUGAGUUUGUGUCAGGGGCAGAUGAAAAAGUGCUUCGAGUUUUUCGAGCUCCCAAGAAUUUUAUAGAAAAUUUCAGUAACAUCACUGGUAUCCCAAUGGAGAAACUCUGCUCCCGUCAGUCAUCUGAUCUUCCAGAAGGUGCAACUGUGCCAGCUUUGGGAUUAUCCAAUAAAGCUGUUUUUGAAGGAGAUAUGGCUGUUCAACCAGAUGAGGAUGAAGAAUCAUUUAAUGCCAUUUCGAAUCAGUAUCCAGAGAUUUAUUUUCAGCCCUUGAUCCUUACAGAACCUCCACCAGAGGAUCACUUGCUGCAGAAUACCUUGUGGCCUGAAAUUCAGAAGUUAUAUGGACAUGGAUAUGAAGUUUUUUGUGUUGCUUGCAAUAAUUCAAACACUGUAAUUGCUUCAGCAUGUAAGGCUUCCAAAAAAGAACAUGCAGCAAUUAUUUUGUGGAGCACUACUUCUUGGAAGAAACUGCAGAGUUUGUCUUUUCACAAUCUGACUGUUACUCAGCUGGCAUUUUCUCCUGAUGACAGCUUUUUACUAGCUGUUUCUAGAGACAGGAAUUGGUCACUGUGGAGGAAACAAGAUUCCUCAGAGUCAGGACCAGUCUUCACUUGCUGUGCAUACACAGAUAAAAAUACAGCUGUUCACAGUCGAAUCAUUUGGUCCUGUGAUUGGACACCAGAUAGCAAGUAUUUUAUUACUGGUAGUCGGGACAAAAAGGUCAUUAUCUGGGGCCAGUGUGAUUUGUCAGUGAUUACUGAAGGGAAUGAGCUGGAUUCAAUCAAGCCUUGUUCAACAGUCCUGGAUGCUGGGGAUUCUGUAACUGCUGUUGGUAUCAGCCGUGUGCUUACUCCUGAUGGAAGAUAUAUUGUUGCAGUAGGCUUAGAGAAUGGGAAGAUUAUCUUCUACACAUGGAAGCAAAGUGGGAAAGAACCAGCACUGACUGACUGGACCACAAGUGUUGAGAUAGAUAACAGCCAAAGUCAUGCUCUUGCUGUGAAACGCUUGUGUUGGAGACAUCAUGCAGGGAGAGCCGGACAUAAUGAUGAGAACAGCAGCAAGUGGUUGCAGCUUGCAAGUUGUGGAGCCGAUCACAGUGUUAAAAUAUUCAAUGUCAACAGAUUUGCUCUUUAGCAAAGACAGCAGGCCUGUUUGUGCCAAACAGAUUCACAGCAUUUUAUUUCAACUUCUAGCCACUUUGAUUAUUGAAUUUUCUGUUUUCUGCUGUGGAAAGUAAAAUAUCUGACAUGUAAUUUAUUAAAGCAACUUUGGUGGAAGUUUGAAAUGUCAAAUAGUUUUCUAAUGCUGCAGUUCUGGGAGCAGGAAGUGUAUGCUUUGUUUGGUGAAUAUCCUGGAACUGAGGGAUGGGAGCUGGGGUAGGGCACAGGAGGAUAGUGAGAGAGCUUUGUUCACUGUGACUUGAAGGGUAGGUGGGAAGCUGCUGAUACUUGGGUUCUUCUGUGCUUGAGAUUCCACCUGGAGUACUGAAUUUUUUUUAAACUCCUCUUGCUUUUAAACUUAACUGUUGAUGGGCCUACCAGUGCUGCCAGUGUGUGUUCUGGCAUGUGCAGCCAGAGAUCAGAGUUAAACAUGAAGCUUUCUCUGAUUGCCUUUGAAUGUGUAUUACACAUUCAGGGCUGAGCAGGGCUGAAUUCAUGCUUCUUGGUCAAGUGAAGCUUAAAGCUGAACUCAGAGACCACUUAAAUUUUUCUAGUGUUUCCCCUGUGAGCCCUCUCUGAGCAAAGUGUGAUAGAAGAGCCACCUCUGAGACUGUUGGAGGGCUGUCCUCUACAGUUUGGACUGGAAAAGCUUAUGAAUAUAACUAGGAAGGAGCUAAAAGGAGACAGCCAUUCCUUACAAUGCCCUUGGGCAUUGUGCAUCAGCAGGUCUGUAUCUGGUUCCAAAGUCUAGUUUAGAAAUUGGUAAAAUUUUGAGAGUGAAAUUGUUAUUCCAGAACUGCUUGCUACCUGUAACUGGCAGUGCAGAGGUAACUGAAAUUGUGUUUAACUUUUUACUGUGUUGGAUAUUUAGAUUAAGAGUGUAGCUCUUUCAGAGUGGGCUGUACUGUUUUCAGAAUAAUUAUGUUUUAUGCCUUGAAAGGUUUUGUAUUUUAGCUCUUCAUUUUCAGUUCUAUUUUUCAGCUAUUAAAAAAAAAUCUUUAAAAUGGGGACAGAGG